AUGUCAAACGCUCAAACUUUCAGCGUUCUUACGCCAGCUGACUGCAGCAGGUCUCUCCCAACGGUGCGCGUGCAGGGCUCAGCCCACGGAGAGACUGCUUCCCUGGACGGACCCGCCCUUCUCGGGGUGCAAAGCAGGCUCACCCCGACCCGACGGCCCACCAGAGACGGGCGCGGCGGCGUCAGCACCGUUGACAGCGGCCUCCCGGAACGGGGCAGGGGACUGCACUGUGGGAGGCGGCCUCACCUAAGCGGGGGUCACCGGGCCCAGGUGACAGGGGAGGCGGGCCAGCAGUGGAGGCCGAGGGGAGGGCCGCACCGCCCAUCACGCCCCGGCGUGGACAGCGGCCGUCCCUACCGAGGCUGCCGGGCAGGCGGCGCAGGACUCUGGCAGGAGGAGCGCAGCGGCAGGCCACGGGACUGCUGGAUCCGCCGGACUAGACAAAAGCGGUCUGGCUGGCCCCAGUGCGCAGGCGCACCAGCAGGCAGGAACACAGCUCAGGCACGGGCACCUGCGGACCCGCAGGCGGAAUGCGGGCCGAUCGAAGCAGGCGGGAGGAACCUGUCCUACGCCGACCUCAUCACCAAAGCCAUCGAGAGCGCCCCGGACAAGCGGCUCACGCUCUCGCAGAUCUACGACUGGAUGGUCCGUUACAUGCCCUACUUCAAGGAUAAAGGCGACAGCAACAGCUCGGCCGGCUGGAAGAACUCCAUCCGGCACAACCUGUCGCUGCACACCCAUUUCAUCCGCGUGCAGAACGAGGGCACCGGCAAGAGCUCGUGGUGGAUGCUGAACCCCGAGGGCAGAAAGACGGGCAAGACCCCGCGGCGCAGGGCCACGUCCAUGGACAACGGGGCCAAGUUCCUGUGCAUCAAAGGCAAGGCAAGCAAGAAGCAGCAGCUGCAGGCACCUGAGCGAAGCCCCGACGACAGCCCCCCUAGCGCACCAGCCCCGGGGCCCUUGCCUGCCGCGGCCAAGUGGGCCACCAGCCCGGCCUCACACGCCAGCGACGACUAUGAGGCGCGGGCCGACUUCCGCGGUGGCGGGAGACCCCUGCUAGGGGAGGCGGCCGAAUUGGAGGACGACGAGGCCCUGGAGGCCCUGGCGCCAUCGUCGCCGCUCAUGUACCCGAGCCCGGCGAGCGCGCUGUCGCCCGCGCUGGGUGCGCGCUGCCCGGGGGAGCUGCCCCGCCUGGCCGAGCUGGGAGGCCCGCUGGGUCUGCACGGCGGCGGCGGCGGCGGCGCGGGGCUGCCCGAGGCCCUGCUGGACGGCGCGCAGGACGCGUACGGGCCGCGGGCCCGCGCCGGGACGCCCGCCUACUUCGGGGGCUGCAAGAGCGGUGCUUACGGCGGGGGCGGGGGCGGGGGCUUCGGGCCGCCGGCGUUGGGCGCGCUGCGCCGCCUGCCCAUGCAGACCAUCCAGGAGAACAAGCAGGCCAGCUUCGCGCCGGCGGCCGCGCCCUUCCGCCCCGGGGCGCUGUCCGCGCUGCUGCCGCCGCCGCCGCCCGCGCCCAGGCCCGGCCCGGUGCUGGGAGCGCCCGGGGAGCUGGCGCUGGCGGGCGCGCCCGCCGCCUACCCGGGCAAGGGGGCGGCCCCAUACGCGCCGCCUGUGCCCUCGCGCAGUGCCUUAGCCCACCCCAUCAGCCUUAUGACGCUGCCCGGCGAGGCGGGCGCCCCGGGCCUGGCGCCGCCGGGCCAUGCGGCCGCCUUCGGGGCCCCGCCCGGCGGCCUCCUGCUGGACGCGCUGCCCGGGCCGUACGCGGCCGCCGCUGCCCGGCCGCUGGGUGCCGCGCCCGACCGCUUCCCGGCCGACCUGGACCUCGACAUGUUCAGCGGGAGCCUCGAGUGCGACGUCGAGUCCAUCAUCCUCAACGACUUCAUGGACAGCGACGAAAUGGACUUCAACUUCGACUCGGCCCUGCCUCCGCCGCCGCCCGGCCUGGCCGGGGCCCCGCCCCCCAACCAGAGCUGGGUGCCGGGCUGAGGGCCGCUUCCCGCGCCCCGGGUGCCUGCCCCGCCCCAAGGGGCCUCUGUCUUCCCAUCCUGAUCCCCGGGACCCCACCCCCGAUUCCAGCUCCGCGGGAGGAUCCAGGAGGCAGCCCCAGCCCAGCUAGAGACAUCCCUCAGAAGUUGACCGCUGAAGGAAGUGGUGGGGAGGGGCUGGGGCACCCCUCCACUGCUGCCCAAACUCCUGAGACCCACUCCUUCCCCCGGGGGCAGGAAGUCUGGGAGUGGAGGCCGAAUUCCGGGCU